AUGAUAGGAAUCAUUGUACAUGCUUCUGCACAGAUAUCUCUGUCUAUAGUGAAUCAAUUCACUGAAGAUAAACCUACCAAUGUUUACGUCACAGGCGUCGACUCAAACAACAAUUGGGUGUUGUUGCAACCUGACGGCACUUGGUAUCACCCGAAUCCACAGUCCAUAACACCAGUCCCGAUCACUGCUGGCAUUGAACUUCCUGUGGGAAAACCAGGAACCACAACUACUUUCAAUCUACCGGGAUAUAUCUCGUCCGGACGCGUCUGGGUUGCCGCUGGCACUCUGGCCUUCUACGCAUAUGAAAACUUCGGUGUAGUUACACUCAUUCAACCGUCUGUCAUUGAUAAUCCAGCGACCAAAUAUGAUUUUAUAGAAUUUUCUAAUAUUGAAAGCGAUGGUCUCUUCGUCAACCUCAGCUAUGUAGACUUUGUUGGUCUUACACUUGCCAUCUCCGUAAAAUCAGCAGACGGUAGCGUGCAAACAGCUCCGGGUUUUGGGACCGCCGCCUGCAAACAGAUUUGUAGCCAACUGCAAAUCGUCGAGACUGAUCAGCCUUGGGAUAAACUUUGCGUGACAGAUGCUGCGAAUGAUAUAAUUCGAAUAUUUUCUCCAAGCACCUACAUAAGUCUUGAUCCAAGCGCUUUUCAAGGAUACUAUACUAACUAUGUGGACAAUAUCUGGACCACAUACAACAGCCGCCCUCUAAUUAUCGACACCGAGGGUCCUGCUGGCAAAAUCCAAUGCACGACGGCAGGUAACAUCCUCAACUGCGAAAAUAGCAGCCGAAAUUACGCAAAGCCUACUGCAGCAGAUAUCUUUAGCUGCAGCACUGGACCGUUCACGAUCGAUGCGAGUGACAAUAGCAUCCAUCUGGCGGUGGUUCCACGUCUCUGUGCGGCCUUUCAGAGGUCCACCCUGUCUCUGGAAGGCGGAAAUACCCAACCAAAUCUAGAAUCAACGUCAUAUUAUACCAUCUCUCCAACUAAUUACUACAGUAAAUAUGUGCACAGUCAUGAGACUGAUGGAAAAGGCUAUGCAUUUCCAUAUGAUGAUGUCAAAGAGAGCCAGUCUGGUCUUAUUUAUUCAAAGGAGCCGAAAGAAUUGAAAAUUACUGUGACUGAAUGUUAA